AUGCCAUUAAAUUUUGCUCAAAUACUCCAAGAUGAUUUAAUUACAUCUAUGAUACGGAAAACAGCAUAUGGACUUGCAACAACAUGUGUCCUUGGUGCUGCUGCAUAUGCUGGAUAUUGUGUAGCUGCACCUGAAAAACAUCAAAUUAGACAUUAUCGACGUCCAGAACUAAAUGACCAAAUUGAGAAAGUUCUCGAUUCAUUAAAAAUAAAUGAUGAACAAUUAAUAGAAAUAAUGCAUUUAUUAGAAGAAGAAAUGAAUACUGGUCUAUCAUCAUUUACACAUGAUCAAGCAGUAGUAAAAAUGUUUCCAACAUAUGUACGAAAUAUUCCUAAUGGUAAAGAAAUUGGUCAAAUACUUGCACUUGAUUUAGGUGGAACUAAUUUUCGUGUACUUUUAAUUGAUUUACGUGGUAAUUCAAGAAUUGAAUUAACAUCAAAAAUUUUUCUUAUUCCACAAUCUGUUAUGAUUGGUGAUGGAAAAAGAUUAUUUCGUCAUUUAGCUGAAUGUUUACAUGAAUUUAUGCAAAAAGAACAUAUAUUAAAUACAGGAAUAUGUUAUCCAAUAGGUUUUACAUUUUCAUUUCCUUGUCACCAAGAAGGUCUUGCAUCAGCAAGAUUAACAGCAUGGACAAAAGGUUUUAGUUGUUCAGGUGUUGUUAAUGAAGAUGUUGUUAAACUUUUACAAAAUGCUAUUGAUGAAAAGCGUAUCAAUGCAAAAUGUGUAGCUCUUAUUAAUGAUACAGUUGGAACAUUAAUGGCAUGUGCAUAUAAAGAUCCAUUAACAGCUAUUGGUCUUAUAUUAGGUACUGGAACAAAUGCAUGUUAUAUUGAAAAUUUAGAUAAAGUUGGUACAUGGAAAGGUAAUUAUAAUGAACCAAAACAAGUUAUUAUUAAUAUGGAAUGGGGUGCUUUUGGUGAUAAUGGUCGUUUAAAUUUAAUUCGAACAAAAUAUGAUGAAGAAGUUGAUCUAUCAUCAAUGAAUCCUGGCAAACAAAUUUUUGAAAAAAUGAUAUCAGGAUUGUAUAUGGGUGAAAUUGUUCGUUUAAUAAUACUUGAUUUACUUCAACAAGAAUUACUUUUUCUUGGUCAUCGUGAUACAUAUGGAGAUUAUAAAACACCACUUUAUAAUCGUGGUGGUUUUUAUACAAAAUUUGUUUCAACAGUUGAAACUGAUGAAGGUAUUCAAUUUUCAAAUACACGUCGAGUACUUGAAGAUAUUGGUAUUCGAAAUCCUACAUAUGAUGAUUGUGCUAUUGUUCGACAUAUAUGUCGACAAGUUUCAAAACGAGCUGCUAAAUUAGCAGCUGCUGGUUUGGCUGUAUUAAUCAAUCGAAUUGGAAGAUCGAAUAUUACUGUUGGUGUUGACGGAUCACUUUAUCGAUAUCAUCCACGUUUUAAACAUAAUAUGGAAAGAUGUAUGGAAACAUUAGUUAAUAAAUCUAUUCAAUUCAAACUAAGUUUAUCUGAUGAUGGUAGUGGUAAAGGUGCUGCCAUGGUUGCCUGUCUUGCUGAUGGUUCAUUAUAUAAAAAAUCUGUUGAUGAAACAACAGUUGACUAA